AUGAGCGCCCAGGCAUAUUACGAGCUCUAUCGGGGCAGCAGUAUCGGCCUGUCUCUGACCGACACGCUGGAUGACCUGAUCAAUGAGGGGCGAAUUGAACCUCAGCUUGCCAUGAAGAUCCUCUCGAAUUUUGACCGGGUCAUUACGGAGGUGCUGGCGGACAAGGUGAAGGCAAAGCUGUCGUUCAAGGCAAGUCUCGGCCACCUGGAUACGUAUCGGUUCUGCGAUGAAGUCUGGACGUUUCUCAUCAAGGAUGCGACGUUCAAGCUGGAUAAUCAGACCACAGUCCAUGCAGACAAGAUUAAAAUCGUAAGCUGCAAUAGCAAACGGCCUGGCGAGACUUGA